UCAGAUGGCGCCUUACCGGUAGGUAAAACUGUUUCACUGUUGUGCUAUCUCUAGACCUUCAAAUGACCUUUUGUAUGUGUCCUCUCGACGACUUACUAUUUGACAGUACCACCAACGUAUCAGUUCGGGAGUGUCUGUGUUUCGCCGGAUAAAAUAAAUUUAAAAAAACCACAAUGAGCACCUACUUCCAGUACCCGACUCCCGAGCUGCAGGAGGAGCUCAGGAAGAUCGCUCAGGCGAUCGUAGCUCCCGGCAAGGGUAUCCUUGCCGCUGAUGAGUCUACUGGCACCAUGGGAAAGCGUCUCCAGGACAUCGGAGUCGAGAACACAGAGGAGAACCGCCGCAAGUACCGCCAGUUGCUCUUCAGUUCUGACCCGGCCCUCUCAGAAAACAUCUCCGGAGUGAUCCUGUUCCACGAGACCCUCUACCAGAAGGCUGAUGAUGGCACUCCCCUGGUCUCCCUCUUGGAGAAGCGUGGCAUUAUCCCCGGUAUCAAGGUCGACAAAGGUGUCGUCCCACUCUUCGGAUCUGAGGACGAGUGCACCACUCAGGGUCUGGAUGACCUUGCCCAGCGCUGUGCCCAGUACAAGAAGGACGGUUGCCACUUCGCCAAAUGGCGUUGCGUGCUCAAGAUCGGCCGCUUCACUCCAUCCUACCAGGCUAUCAUGGAGAACGCGAACGUUUUGGCUCGCUACGCCUCCAUCUGCCAGAGCCAGCGCAUUGUGCCCAUCGUAGAACCCGAGGUUCUGCCUGAUGGUGACCACGACCUUGACCGUGCCCAGAAGGUGACCGAGGUUGUUCUGGCUGCCGUCUACAAGGCACUGAGCGACCACCACGUCUACCUCGAGGGUACCCUCCUCAAGCCCAACAUGGUGACUGCUGGCCAGAGUUGCACAAAGACUUACACUCCCAUGGACAUUGGCCGCGCCACCGUCACUGCUCUGCUCAGAACCGUUCCUGCUGCCGUUCCCGGCGUCACAUUCCUGUCUGGUGGUCAGUCUGAGGAGGAGGCGUCUGUGAACCUGAACGCCAUCAACACCGUGGACCUCAAGAGGCCGUGGGCACUCACCUUCAGCUACGGGCGCGCCCUCCAGGCCUCCGUCCUCCGCGCGUGGGCCGGCAAGCCUGAGAACGUGUUGGCUGGACAACAGGAGCUCAUGAAGCGUGCUAAGGCCAAUGGUUUGGCUUGUGUUGGAAAGUACGAAGCUGGUUCGAUUCCGUCGCUGGCAUCGACCAAAUCUAACUUUGUUAAGUCGCAUGCCUAUUAAAAUAACUUAAGUAAACCAUACAUAUACUGCAAAUGAUUGAAAUAUUAUUAUCAAGUUGUUAUUACUUACUACAUUUUUAAGCAAAUGUUUUUUAGUCAUAUUUUUAUAAAGUUUUAUCAAUUUGAAUAUGUAUGGUCGGCUUUAUAAGAAUGGAUUUUGAAUUGUAUAGACUGCCCUUUUUUAUUAUAAAAAAAAUAUAGAUGACUGAAAUGUUGCCUGAUUCAAAAUCUAUUCUAAAAUUGUUAUCUUCCUUAAAAAAUUACAAAAAAUAUUUGAAAACAAUAUAAUUGGCUGUUUUUUCUUUAUUUCGGACUUUUUACAUUCCAUGUUUAACAAUUUAAAUCGAAUUAAGAUCCAAUAUAGCAUUUAUUUUUAUA